AUGCUCCUGGAGGAGGAAAUGUGCCAUGUCAUUGAAUACUACAAAUGGCAUGCACGAUGGUGGGACAACCACACACCAGAUAGAGAGGGAUCGGUUGAUGGACAAGUUAUGGAAGGGGCAAAGUCUUAUGCAGCUGAACAAGCCUACAUCAAACAUCAACAUGCCACCCAGCUAGAAGAAAAAUGGGCAGCAGUUGGAGCUCAGGCCACCAUCAUGCACUUGCAAGUCUUUCUAGAUGUAUCUGCAACUCAGGUGUCAUCCAUCAUCUCCCCAGUGGAGGUAGAAAUUGUUUUCUCUGAAGAUGAGGAUGACAAUUAG